ACGAGCCUCGGAGCAUCAACAGCUAAACAUGGCUCAGCUCACUUACAGCAAACUGUCGCAUUUUCUGAGAAUAUCCGUGAAUAAACACUCUCUUCUACGAACGGGAGCAGAAAUAAACCCGGGACAUGCGUGCUGCGUUCAGUUUAUCCGCUGCCAGAGGUCUGUGGACAGUAAGGCGUUACAGGAGAGGCAGAAGCAGCAGAUGGCCAGAGGUCUGCCCAAACAGAAGCCCAUCACCGGGGUCAAACAAGUCAUCGUUGUGGCUUCAGGGAAAGGUGGCGUGGGCAAGUCCACCACCGCAGUGAAUUUGGCUCUUGGAAUAAUGGCCAACGAUCCCAAUAAGUCAGUGGGUCUGUUGGAUGCUGACGUUUACGGUCCCUCCAUUCCCAAACUAAUGAACCUGAAGGGAAACCCCGAGCUCAGCGACCAUAAUCUGAUGAUCCCUCUCACAAACUAUGGGGUUCCCUGCAUGUCGAUGGGCUUCCUGGUGGACGAGGUGGCGCCCAUCGUGUGGCGAGGGCUGAUGGUGAUGUCAGGGUUGGAGAAGCUGCUCAGACAGGUGGACUGGGGGUCGUUGGACUACCUGGUGGUGGACAUGCCUCCUGGGACAGGAGACGUCCAGCUGUCAAUCUCACAGAACAUCCCAGUUGCAGGAGCCGUCAUCGUGUCGACGCCGCAGGACAUCGCCCUGCUGGACGCUCGCAGAGGAGCCGAGAUGUUCAAGAAAGUUAACGUGCCGGUUCUCGGUCUGGUGCAGAACAUGAGCGUCUUCCAGUGUCCCAACUGUAACCACCAGACUCACAUCUUCGGCUCCGACGGCGCCCGGCAGCUCGCCGACACUCUGGGAGUCAGAUUAUUAGGUGAUAUUCCUCUUCAUCUAAAUAUCAGAGAGACGUCAGACAGAGGGAAGCCAGUGGUUGUGUCUUCCCCUGACAGCCCAGAGGCGGAGGCGUACAGGAAGGUGGCGUUCGCUGUCGUCCAGAGACUCCAGGAACUUGAAACUUGAUGAACAUAAACUGGGAGCGUUCAUGGAAUAACUUGCACACAUGCACCUGCAAAACAAACAAUAUGAUACGUGUGUAAACAAACAUGUUAACGUACAUAACACACAGAAACAGAAACGUCUUUGCUGUCAUAACGCACAAUAAGUUAAACACAAAGCACUGUUGUACUCUGUAUAAAAGUAAGAUAGUUUUACUGGAAAAAUGUGAUUUAUUUCACUGUGAUUAUAUUUAAUUAAAAAAAAGUAUGUUUAUGACUUUUUGAA